AUGUCGCAUACUGGACCAGCAUCUCAACAUGCGUCACGUCGUUCUUCGAGGUCCCCCUUGGGAGAUGACCAAGUCUCGCCUUCCUCAGUUCGACAUAGACAGCUCAGUGACCGCGAUCUGCGCCAAGAUGUGAGCAACGUUCCUUAUACAAAUGGCGAGGAAAGAUUACAGCAGGUUCCCCAAAAGACUCUUGGUGUCCAUAACAUACUCAACCCUAUGGAGCCACGACUACUGGCUUCAGGGGGUAAUGGUCAUCUUCCUCCAACAGCUCGUCCAUCUGAAUCCGUGACACCAGGCCAGGCAGUUGGCUCAAUCUCUGGGCCUUUUACUGGCGCACGAGCUUUCCCGCCAGCCCAGCCUGCAUCAAUUUCUCUUCCAGGUACGCCCUUAGGGCCGAUGACACCUAUUGGAGGGCCUUCAUCUGGACGCAAUUCCCCAACAGCUUUCCCAUUUCCUGCCGUGAAUAGUGCAAGACCAAGAGCGAGCCCGACACAGCAUCCCCGAGCCAUAAGCGUUAGUCAUGUGCCCUCUCGUGAAUCUGAUGGGCGACAGUCUUUACAUAGCUUUUCAUCUGCUAAGCGACCGUUCGAAGACAUAACGCCGGAAGACACCAGAACUCAAUAUCCUCAUCUACAUCCUCUGACGGGAGCACCCACUGGUCCUCCCUCAACGAUGUCGGAUCAUGGUAGGUUGCAUUCACAGCCGCUCGCUUCUCCUGGGACACAAGCUCCUCUCUCUACUUUCCCCUCCAGCCAUGCGCCGGGUCGCACGCAACCGCCUCUGGUACAUUCUCAAACUUCAUAUUCUCCUAACAUGCAGGCUGGUCGGCCCUUCCCGAGUCCGGGGCCCCCAAGCGAGUCCGCCUCGCCAUGGUCGGAAACACUGCGGAGACAUGGGAUGGGAGGGUCGCUUUUUGGCGUCGAGGGACAGCAAGCCAUGUUAGCACUUCCGGGAAGCGAGGCACCUAUCCCUGUGCAUAUGGACUUUUCGCAAGCGUCCAAGAAAGCAGACGAGAAGAGGCAGAGAAAUGCAGUGGCUUCGACGAGGCACAGGAGGAAGAAGAAGAUCAUGCAGGAGGAGAACUCAAAACAGCUACAAGAGCUUCGGGAUGAAAGGCGCCUCAUGGAGAUACGGAUCGAGGAGUUGAUUCAACAGCGGGACUUCUACCGUGAAGACCGUAACCGUUUACGAGACAUUGUCGCACAAACGCCAUCAAUAAGUGGCCUUGCUGCUGGACCUCCUAGUCCUACUAUUUCGACAAGCAAUUCUUAUGCAGAGACUGGGUCGUUAGCAUCGGGGCCAUCUGGGUCUAUGAGUUACGGAGAUGUACUUUCGAACGAAAGACCAGCCCAACGCCGUCGAACCGACGACCAUCCUGAAUAUUCGCUACCACCAUACGGGUCCCCUGCGAGCGGUCACCCGAGUGCAUCUCCUAGUGGACUACCUCCAAUGCCCAUGCCAGGUUAUGGCGGGCCAUCACGGCCAUCAUCUGCGGCAUCCUCGGCGAGUGGUGAAAGGCUGCCGCCGCUGAGAGCGAUGGAAGGUCGACCUCCUACUGGCCCACCCCCCGGGCCAGGGGUUCAAGAGCAGGAUCCGCGAACUGGUCAGUGGGUUCCCGUUCAGCCUCGAGUUACAGAGACUGGCUGGGCAACAAGGGACACUCAUCGCAGGCCUUAA